UGCGAUCUGCGUAUCUGAUAGCUACGUUGCCAUAGAAAUAUCAAAACAAACCGUGCGUGUCUUCCGGGAGUCAUCUUUAAGGGUGCGUUCGUCAAUUCACAGCGUUUCUCUGUCGGGGCGUUCAGGGCGCACUCUGGACGCUCAGGCCGAGGAGUAGGCUUGGUCCCAGUGUGCUGACCACAACCGCAGCGUCCAAGUUAACGCGAAUGGUCUCAAAUUGCCUAGCUAGCUACUUCUAGACACAAGUGACUGAAUACUUCUGAACACGCUGACCAUUUUACUCACCCAGCAGAGCUGGUUAGGUUUGGUUAAUGUAAUCUAGAGCGUUGGUGACUGUAUUUGUGCUGCUGGCAAUCAUUUAGAUUGUUUUUGGGGCCGACGUUUACUGACACCGGUCAUAUUGAACGGACGUUGCGCAUUCUGAAAUUCACCAGUUAUUCUGCGCUGUCGCAGACUCAGAUGAAGAGUGCUCUGGUCGGAGUGGAUAGACAAGAGGGAUUUUGCGAACGCACAAAGUCAGGUCAACAUUACAUUUAUUCUCGUUUUGGAACACAGUAAUAUAGUGUAUUGUGGCUCGCUUCGGUUUUAACUGAGUAGCAACGUUUGCGGAAUCAUUUGCUUCCAACAAGUGUGCAAAUAGGCAUUGUGUUAGCCAUCGUGCUAGCUAGCUAAUCCUGUAGUUACCUGCGCGCUGCACUGGCUAGCAUUACCGUCGUCAGCUGUCCUGCAAAAUCAAGGACACAUGACAAUUUCACUCACAAUUCCCAAAGAAAUCACUAUCCAGUUCUAUGUUCAGUACAUGAGCUAACUAACCUACCUAUAUAAGGAUGGAUUCAAAGAGAGACAUGAAAGAUCAAGAAACCGAGAGAAUCUCCAAGGUGACGGCUGUGCUGCUGAAGUCCCGGACGGGAGAGUUUGAUCUGGAAUCUAUUCUGUUCCUGAAGCUCCGAGGUCUCGGGAUCUAUGAUCUAGGCUGUAUCGGAGACUGUAUAAAUCUGGAGAGACUGGAUCUGUCUGGUAACAACAUCACUAACCUGGCUCCACUCUCUUCUCUGAGACUACUACAGAUACUCAACGUGUCAGCCAACAGGAUCUCUAACUUAGACAUUUCCAGCUGUGACAGUUUACAGAGCCUGAAUGUGGCUGGGAACCUCAUAUCCAGUAUUGACACCAUCCACUGCCUUCAGUCGUUGAGGAAGCUGGAGAAUAUUCGCCUGAAAGACAACACCUAUAAUUACACCAACCCAGUUUGUAAGAACUCGUCCUACAGAAACAUUCUCCUGGAGAUGUUCCCAAACAUCAGAGUGUUGGAUGGUGAACGAGUGGUUGGACGUGGGAGUGACUUAUAUAAAUUAUGCAAAGACAUUGAUGAAACUAUCAAAGCUGGUUUCUAUAGGAACGGCCAGUUACCAGAGCUGCCUGGCUGUAAGCCCUGGGUCGACAACGACUUCUGGGAGAUCAAGAGAUCCAACAACGCCAUAAUAGACGAGGCCUACAAACAGUUCAAUGACGUCCUUCAUGAAUGCAGACUGCUGAACAACAGAGCAACGCAUGUCAUCUCACAGACGGAGAGAUCUCUGAGCCUCAAGAACCAGCCAAAGCAGUACACUGUUUAAAUGUGCGCCAAAGCAGUACACUGUUUAAAUGUGCACCAGAGCAGUACACUGUUUAAAUGUGCACCAGAGCAGUACACUGUUUAAAUGUGCACCAGAGCAGUACACUGUUUAAAUGUGCACCAAAGCAGUACACUGUUUAAAUGUGCACCAGAGCAGUACACUGUUUAAAUGUGCACCAGAGCAGUACACUGUUUAAAUGUGCACCAAAGCAGUACACUGUUUAAAUGUGCACCAAAGCAGUACACUGUUUAAAUGUGCACCAAAGCAGUACACUGUUUAAAUGUGCACCAAAGCAGUACACUGUUUAAAUGUGCACCAGAGCAGUACACUGUUUAAAUGUGCACCAAAGCAGUACACUGUUUAAAUGUGCACCAAAGCAGUACACUGUUUAAAUGUGCACCAAAGCAGUACACUGUUUAAAUGUGCACCAGAGCAGUACACUGUUUAAAUGUGCACCAAAGCAGUACACUGUUUAAAUGUGCACCAAAGCAGUACACUGUUUAAAUGUGCACCAAAGCAGUACACUGUUUAAAUGUGCACCAAAGCAGUACACUGUUUAAAUGUGCACCAGAGCAGUACACUGUUUAAAUGUGCACCAGAGCAGUACACUGUUUAAAUGUGCACCAAAGCAGUACACUGUUUAAAUGUGCACCAGAGCAGUACACUGUUUAAAUGUGCACCAAAGCAGUACACUGUUUAAAUGUGCACCAGAGCAGUACACUGUUUAAAUGUGCACCAGAGCAGUACACUGUUUAAAUGUGCACCAGAGCAGUACACUGUUUAAAUGUGCACCAGAGCAGUACACUGUUUAAAUGUGCACCAAAGCAGUACACUGUUUAAAUGUGCACCAGAGCAGUACACUGUUUAAAUGUGCACCAAAGCAGUACACUGUUUAAAUGUGCACCAAAGCAGUACACUGUUUAAAAUGUGCACCAGAGCAGUACACUGUUUAAAUGUGCACCAAAGCAGUACACUGUUUAAAUGUGCACCAAAGCAGUACACUGUUUAAAUGUGCACCAGAGCAGUACACUGUUUAAAUGUGCACCAAAGCAGUACACUGUUUAAAA